AUGCUGUCCACAAAGACCAAACUCCAGCAAUACAUUGGGUGGUUCUCGCAGGGUCACUUCGCGCUGUGGCAUCGCUAUUUGAUCGCAACCUACGAGAAAGCAUUGAGGGAGGAAUGCGGAUACAGAGGAGCACAACCUUACUGGGACUGGUCUCUCGACGCAUCGGCAGACGAAAACAGCACGGCGAUCUUCGAGACGGAAGUCUUCAGCCCCAUCAUCGGCUUCGGCGGCAACGGUCCAUGGGUUGAGGCCACGGCCGAGCAGAACCCGCUGAACCUGACAGGUCGGACGGGCGGCGGCUGCAUCAGCGACGGGCCCUUCGCGUACCCUGCCUUCCAGGUCAAUGUCGGGCUGCCCGGCUGCCUGAAGAGGGAUUUCACGCCUUGGGUCAUGAAUAGCUUCGCGCAGCAGAGCAAUGUGGACUACGUGACGGGCCAGCCGGAUUACACGAGCUACGCACGCGCGCUCGAGGGGAUCCCGAGCUUCUCGCAGCCGAACAUCCACGGUAGCGGGCAUUUUGGCGUCGGUGGCGUGCUGGGCACCAUCGGGGAUGCGGCGAACAGUCCAGGUGAUCCCCUCUUUUAUUUGCAUCACUGCAACCUCGAUCGCAUCCUGUGGGAAUGGCAGAAGAAGGAUUUGCCGGCGCGCUUCCACGAUGUCGGAGGCCCGGUCGAGCCCUUUGACUACAGCGGCAAGAACGUCACGCUAGACUUCGAGGUGGACAUCGGGCGACUGGCCGGAAAUGCGACGCUGCAUGAUUUGCUGGAUCCUCGCGGAGGGACGCUUUGCUACAGCUACGAGUGA